UUUCAAAACAAAAGGUUGAAGGGGCAACGGCUUGCUCAAUGCGUAACUUUUGGGUGGAUUGAAAAAACGUGGAUAAAGGCUUUGGUCACCAUGGAUUUACAGACUUUGGCCACCGUGCUGCAAUCUGCUCUCAGUACCAAUCCAGAGGAGCGAAAAGCCGGAGAGGAGCGGCUCAAUCAGUAUCAACAUGUUCAGGGACAUCUCGCAGGUCUGCUUCAAAUUAUUGUGGCGGCACAUGUUGAUCUAUCAAUUCGUCAAUGUGCCAGUAUUUACUUCAAGAAUGUGAUCGCAAGGGAUUGGGUGCCUCGAGAACCUGUUGCGGUACCAAAAAUAUCUGAUACUGAUAAGGCACUAGUGAGAGAAAAUAUUUUGGAGGCAAUUGUGCAGGCUCCUUACAUUAUAAGGGUCCAACUUGGUGAGUGCCUUAAGACUUGUAUCCAUGCUGAUUAUCCCGAGCAGUGGCCGGAUCUCUUACCCGCCAUUUUUAACAACUUGAAGUCUCAAGAUCAGCAACGAGUUUACGGUGCUCUUUAUGCUUUGCGCAUUCUGACUCGCAAAUAUGAGUUUAAGGAUGAAGAGGAGCGAGCACCAGUUUAUCACAUUAUUAAUUCGACCUUUCCGGUUUUGUUGGAAAUUUUGAACCAUCUUUUAGCACUUCCGAACCCUACAAUCGAAGUCGCGGAUCUUAUUAAGCUGAUAUUGAAGAUCUUCUGGUCAUCAGCUUAUCUGGAGAUUCCUAAGCUGUUGCAUGAUGUCAACACAUUUACUGGAUGGAUGUCGAGCUUUCACAAUCUCUUGGAGAGGCCUGUCCCUGUUGAAGGCCAGCCCACUGAUCCUGAACAACGGAAAGUAUGGGGUUGGUGGAAAGUUAAAAAGUGGACUUUGCAUAUCAUGAACCGGCUGUACAACAGGUUUGGUGAUCCGAAGAUGUCGAAGCCGGAGAACAAAGCUUUCGCUCAAAUGUUCCAGAAGAGCUUUUCGGGGAAAUUUUUGGAGCUUUACAUGAAGCUUCUGAGUGUUGUGCGGGAGAAUGGGUAUCUGCCUGAUAGAGUUAUCAACUUGGCUCUACAAUAUCUCAGCACCAGUGUAUCCAAGGCUAUCACUUAUCAGUUAUUGAGACCUCAACUGGAUGUCGUUCUAUUCGAAAUCAUAUUCCCCCUUAUGUGUUUCAAUGAUGCUGACGAUCAAUUAUGGCGAGAAGAUCCACAUGAAUACGUUCGGAAAGGUUACGAUAUUAUUGAGGACAUGUACAGCCCCCGUACAGCGGCCAUAAACUUCAUAUCUGAACUGGUCAGAAAGCGAGGGAAAGAAAACUGGCAGAAAUUUUUAGCAUUCAUUGUGGAGGUUUUCAGAAGGUAUGAUGAAGCUCCGCAAGAUCAGAAACCUUACAGGCAAAAGGAUGGAGCGCUGCUGGCUGUUGGCGCUUUGAAUGACAAGCUGAAACACACAGAGCCUUACAAGUCCCAACUUGAAACUAUGUUGGUCAACCAUGUCUAUCCUGAAUUCAGAAGUCCUGCGGGUCAUCUUAGAGCUAAGGCUGCAUGGGUAGCAGGACAAUACGCGGAUAUUACAUUCUCAGAUCAACGCCAUUUCACAGCUGCUUUGCAUAGUGUGGUGGCAGCUCUUACUGACCCUGAGCUCCCAGUUCGCGUUGAUUCUGUUGUUUCGCUUCGAACGUUCGUCGAAGCGUGUAAAGAUCUGAGUGAGAUUCGACCGAUCCUACCUCAACUGCUUGAUGAAUUCUUCAAGCUGAUGAACGAGGUUGAGAAUGAGGACCUUGUAUUCACACUGGAGACGAUUGUGGAUAAAUUUGGGGAAGAAAUGGCACCCUAUGCACUCGGCCUUUGCCAAAAUUUGGCUGCCGCAUUUUGGAAGUGCUUGGAGGCUUCAGAGAAUGAUGGGGACGAGGAUGAUUCCGGAGCUCUGGCCGCUGUGGGUUGCUUGAGAGCCAUAGGCACUAUUUUGGAGUCAAUCAGUCGGCUACCUGAACUCUACCCUGCGAUUGAGCCCACACUUCUUCCUAUCAUGCAACGGAUGCUGACAAUUGAUGGUCAAGACAUUUUCGAGGAGGUGCUGGAGAUAGUUUCAUAUAUGACUUAUUUUUCGCCUGUGAUUUCACCGAACAUGUGGAGUUUGUGGCCACUUAUGGUCGACUCGGUUCAAGAAUGGGCUAUUGAUUAUUUUGGGAAUAUUUUGGUGCCACUGGAUAAUUAUGUUUCAAGGAGCACGGAGCACUUCCUGACAUCCACUCAACCGGAUUACCAAUCAAGUCUCUUCAAAGUGCUAUCGACAUUAAUGGUGGAUGAGAAAUUCGAAGACGCAGACAUCGAACCGGCUCCUAAGCUAAUUGAGGCAGUGCUGCAAAACUGCCGUGGACGGGUGGACCAGUGGUUGGAGCCUUACUUGCGUAUUAGCAUAGAAAGGCUUCGUAAAACGCGGAAAAAUUACUUGAAGGACUUGCUUGUUAAUGUGGUUGCCAAUGGGCUUUAUUACAAUGCAUCCAUGACCCUUACCAUCCUGCAACAUUUGGGAGUGACUAGUGAGUUUUUCCAAACGUGGUUCCGAAUGCUUUAUGAGGUGAAGAAGUCGGGCAAACCUCUGCACUUUGUCAGGGAACAUGACAAGAAGGUCUGUAUCUUAGGAUUGGCUUCGUUGCUGGCUGUUCCUACUGCGGCCAUGCCACCUGAACUGCAAGCUGGACUGGAUCAAGUUUUCAAGGCUCUGUUGAAAUUGCUAGUUGCUUACAAAGAGCAGCGUGCAGAGGCAGCGAAGCUUGAGGAAGCAGAAGAGGAUGAGGAAGAGGAAUGGGAUGGAACGGCUGACGAUGGAGUAUGGGACAAAGAAAUUGAUGAUGAUGAGGAGGAUGACGGUGAUGGUGAGAGCACAGAGAAAUUGCAAAAGCUAGCAGCGCAGGCCAAGGCUUUCUCACAUGCUGAUGACUCUGAUUCUGACUUUGAGGACUUCGCCGAUGACGAAGAGUUCCAGGCUCCUAUUGACAACAUCGACGCAUUUGUCUUCUUCUCUGAUGUUAUGAAAGCGAUAUCGGUGUCAGAUCCAGCAAGGUUCCAAGCCUUGUCGAGCUCUUUGGACUUCCAACACCAGGCCUGGGCUCAUGGUUUAGCUCAGCACGCUGAGGAGAGGCGGAAGGAAAUUGAAAAAGAGGCUAUGGAGAAGGCAGCUGCUGGGAGUGGAGGAAUCACUCUUCAAUAGAGUCAAUUUAGACAAAUCUGCUCAUUCGAUACAUAAUUUUGUUGGGGGGCGUUGUAUUGCGGUCAUUUAGCUAGUUAUAAUGUGAGAAAGUUCCCUUCAGAUAUGAAAUUGUUUUCACCAUGUUGGCCAAUAAUGUGAUAGGCAUUUAAGAGCAAUUGUUCAUCCGAAAGCAUAGGUCGAAGUUUACAAAGAGGACCACACUAUAGAAGUCCACAAUCUGUGGUUCCUCUUUACAUUUCUGUACACCACAAAAGUGGUAAUGGACUUUAAUUCCAUUAAGAUUAUUGAGUCAUUUUUAUCCUUUCCGUAAUUU